AUGAGCUCCCGUUGGGGUAAUUUCAAAGAAAACGGCAACGUCCGUUCAGGAAGGAUACAUUUCGUCAAUAAAAUGGGCAAACUCGAGAAGUCUUUUGAUGCACAUAAAGGAGCAGCGCUUCAAGCGAGAUGGAGUCCUGAUGGAACCGGACUACUCAGCUGUGGAGAAGAUGGAGCAGUUAAGUUGUGGUCGAGAAAUGGAAUGCUUCGAUCUGUCAUCGCUCAGAUGCCUAGUCCCGUAUAUUGGUACUUUUAUACACAUCAAUAUUACACUUUAAGAUUAUAUUUACAGUCUCCUCCACUGAAAUGGAAAGCUCAUGAUGCUAUAGUUAUCUGCUGCGAUUGGAGUCUUGUUUCUGAGCACAUCGUUACUGGCGGAGAGGACUGCAAGUUCAAAAUUUGGGACAGAUUUGGCCGUAAUCUUUUUGCCUCGGUUGUAUGCGAUUUUCCAAUAUCUUCAGUGGCUUGGAGUCCCAAUGGUCAGUGUUUUGCUGUUGGAUCGCAAAAUAUUUUGCGACUGUGCGACAAAGCUGGGUGGCCUCAUUCACUGGAGAAAUUGGGCAGUGGCGGAUCUUUGCUGUCCUUAUGCUGGUUUGACGAUGCCACACAAUUAGUAGCUGGCAGUGGCAGUGGCCAGGUUAUCCAUGCCCAAAUAGUCGGAAGGACCGUCGAAAGUGGUGGACUCGAAGUCGUGCAAACGAAGAGAAACAUGCUAGAAGUCAGAGAUCUCAACGUAGAUCUUGCACAAGAAACUUUGGAGACAAGGGAUAGAAUAACACACACUUCCUUAGCCCACAAUCAGCUAAUUGUUGUAACCACAUCGCAGCUAUACAUCUACAGCUCGAAGAAUUGGAACACGCCAGUCAUCGUUGAUGUGAAAGAUAAGACCAUAGCCCUUGUCCAACAAGCCAGCAGACUUUUCCUUGUUUCUGAUGGUCAAACUGUUCUCGUAUUUAAUUAUGACGGUAGAAGCCUUUGUGAAGUCAAGGUGCCUGGAAACGGUACCAGCAACAUAAGUGAAAAGACCAUAGCUUUGUCGAAUGAUGUACUCGCCAUCAGAGAUCGAGGUGAAACAUCAACUAUCUGCUUUUUUGAUCCGACAUCCGGUAGAGCA